AUGUCGUCAGUUCAGAGACUAUCGAGGCAGCAGAAGGGGAAAUCAGUGGCGGCGAGGUCGGCUCCGGCUAGGAAUCCUGACGGCAGUUGUAUCGAGGACCUCAAAUCGGCUCAUCAUACGGCGAUGAUGGAUACAGUCAAUUUGUCUCGCUCCCAGAGGCUUUUAGUCGCAGAUGCGACGAGGCUUGCGAGAGAAGGAAGUGAGAAUGUCGCUGUGAGGGACGCGACGGAGUGUGCAAGAGAUGGACAGAGCGGGGCGGUGCCCGUUGACUCGAUUACAUUGAGAGCUCGCGCAGUGGAAGACGAUCCUCCUGAAGAUGACGAUUCUGAAGCCGAAUUGAGCUUCCACAACUCUGCUUUCGUGGCUGGUCAAGAUUGGGAUGGUGUGGACGAGACUAAGUCGACCCUGGGGAGCGUGAAGAAGGUUCUUCGGGCCAAGAACGCUACAGGCGUAACCUUCCUUAUCCCUACGAAGGAGCAGAGGCCUUGGCCUCCUCCAAUCGGAUAUCAGACGGUGUACGAGUCCUACUUCCAGGACGACACUCGCUGUUGGUUCCCUAUCCUGCGACUGAUCACCGCGUACGCUAGGCGGCGAGAUCUCGCGAUUAGUCAGUUACUGAACGGCUCGCUGCGACUAGCCGUCACCCUAUCAGUUCUAGCGGAGAAAAUUGACAUGCCGAUGAGCGUCAGGUCGUUCGAGGAGAUGACCUCGAUAACCAACAUGAAGGACGGAACCUACUCGGUGAAAAUGCUACCAAACUGCAAUGUGUGCGCCGUUGGCCAUCCUACAUCUCCAGUCUAUCCCGAGGAUUUCCUGAAGAGUGUUCGAGCCGUCGCUUUGUUUCGAAUCAACCGUUGGUCCGAGAUUACCGUCGAGAAGAUUUGCGAGCUUAAGGACCGGAUCGCUCGAAGUGCGUUCUCUCGCCGUUCCAGAGAGUGGAGAUCUGAUCUUCCGACUGUUCUUCCUAUUCGCACCAAGCGACUAGACAUCUUCCCGAAGGAUAUCCAGACGCAAGUUUCUGAAGCAAAGAGGAUGGGAACUCUUCCUGACUUGAGCGCGAUAUUAGCCGCCCAGCUGGGACUGAUCAGCGGGGAAGGACCCUCGACGGUGGUUCCUCGCGCUGGUGAGACGGCGGUUCCUCGCGCUGGUGAGGUUCCUCCUUCUGGUGCUAGAAACGCGAGGAAGGGUAAAAAAAGGAAGAGGGGCGGCUCGGGAGUCGAGGGGAGUGCCGAGGAGGCGAGCGACGUUCCUCCUUCUGGCGAACCCCAGAAGAAGAAGAAGAAGAAGAAGAAGGAGAAGAGGACAAAGAAGUCCGUUGACGAGCAGUCGGAGAAUCCCGAAAAACCGACUGAGAUUGAGGAGGGUGAUGUUCAAGAAGAAGAACUUCAACCCGAAGAGGAGGCUUCUGAGGCUGAAAUCUCGGGAGAACGGAACGAUGCGGAGGAAGUUGGUGAAUGGGAGGAAUCGGAAACUUCUCUUAAUGCCGCCCGUCCGGACGGUUCUGAAGAAGACAGCGGAGAGUCGCCGCUUUUGAUCAGGAGGCAUAACGAUGAGCUUGGCGACGAGGCGCGAUCUCCUAUUCUGGCGUCUUCUCGCGAGGGAACUCCGGUUCCCAUUGGAGGAUGGGCCGCUCAGAUCGGCACUUCUUCUCGCGGCUCCGCUAUCUACAGGAGGGUGCCCGGAGCCAACUUUCCAGACAAGGUUUCGUUUCACUACGAGGGACAGGCCCCUCUAGUGUACGUUCCCGAGAAGUGCGGAGAGUUUCUUUGCCAACUAAGGGGGAGGGUGAAACCUUUGCCCGCUGUGAAGGACCUCAUCUUCGGGAGUGAAUACGAGGAAGCUGCGAGGGCCAAGUUGCUGUACGACACUGCCCUGAAGGGAGCUUUGGGCGAACUCGAGCUGGCUAAGAAGGAUCACGCGGAGAGAGAGGAAGCUUCUGCUCGCCAGCUGAAUGCAUCGAGGGCUGACGCCGAGAGGCUUAACGGGAUAGUUACUCGCACUAUUGCUCGAAGGGACGAGCUCAAAGCUGAGUUAGAGGCAUCCCAAGGAGUCAUCCGUGAGCUUGAGCGAAAGAACGCCGAGCUUGAAAGUGAGAAGGCUUCACUCGCUGCAUCCCAUGAAAGAGAGAUGAGGCGCCUUAGAGAUUCCAGAAUCCUGGAAGUGACGAGGGAAAGAGGAAGAGUUGAGGCCGAGAUGGCCGCGAAAGCUAAUCGUCGCUUCGCUAAGAUUCGCUCCCGAGAAGAGCGACGAGGUCCUUACGAGGAGGAAGCCGAGAAGCUCAAGGUGGGCGAGAUACCCGAGGGAGAUCUCACACUGUCUCCUCUCGUAUUGGACUCUCAGUUUGUGGAUGCUCGAAUCUUGGCGAGUCUCGAUCCGUAUGGGUCCAACGCCGGCUUGAUCGAUCCGGAGACUGUAGUGAGUCUUCACGUUCCGCCUACUCAUCCGACUGGAGAGCGACGUGAAGACCCGACGCCUCUUCUUGAAGGUCCUUUGGCUGAUCCAGAGAUCAUCCCGAGAUCAAACGAAGUGCAUGUUUCUCUGGCUGCUCGUGAGUCGAGCGUCAGGGCUUCGGAUCUCUCCGCCCUCAACGAUCGUGAAAGCGACCGGGAGGACUAG